ACCAACCUGCAACACCUUGGCGUACCUGAUGAGCUGGUUUCCUUGAUCACUAAUGCAUACACUGGUGCAACCACCUCCGUCCGUGUUGGCCAAGAGACCACUGACCCCAUCCCUAUCCGUGCGGGUGUCAAACAAGGAUGUCCUCUCAGCGCGGUCCUCUUCAAUCUAUGCUUGGAACUUGUCAUCCGUUCAGUCAAACAGAAAGCGGCAGACCUUCCUAAGAACCAAUCACUCCUGCACUUCGAAACUCUUCUCUCCUGUUUAGCUUACGCUGAUGAUCUUGUCCUUGUUGCUCGUAGCAAGGACGCUCUCCAGGCUCUCCUUGACAGUGCUUCCUCUGCAGGUCGAGAUCAACAUCGAAGGGAACAAGUUAGGCUUUGUUUCUUUGUACGCGCCAAACAAGAACCCGGCGCGCAACACUUUUUUUGCGAACCUGCCAGAUUAUAUUGA